AUGAUCCCUUCCCGCCACACGAUGCUCCGUUUUGUUCUUGUGAAUGCCGCGUCCUGUCCUGGUGACAGGAGAACAAUGUUGGUGAACGUCGCAGCGGGUGUCCGAGUGCUCCGUGUGCCCCUGAGAGCGGGUGGGAGCGGAAGCCUGAGCGGCCUGCGGCCUCCGGCGAUAGUGUGCUAUCUGCGGCUGCAGCGCGCGUCCGCGGCCUCUGGGCUAUUUCUGGCCGGGCCGCAGCACUGUGGUCGGUGCGGGCGUGGCGGGGGCGGGGCGGCCUUAUCGCUCGGCUCUCCCGCCUACGCCUCCCACUCCAGAGUAAGCCGGGCCGCAGUCUUCUCGCCAUGGGCUCCGGUGAGUCUGGAGUCCGGUCGGGCCCCCGGCUGCUCCCUAGGCCAACCCGGGUUAACAGGCGCUCUGGUCCUUUGGCUGCAGCCGGGAGAGACUUUGGUCAGACUUAGAGGGGACUUCCAGCCGGCGUGCGGGGUGGUCAGGGUGGAGAGGCUGGCGGGCUACCGGGACGCCGGGCAUCAGGGGCUGGAUGGAGCCGGGCCGGCGCUCUGGGUCGCCCAGGUGCCCGCCGACCGCCCGGCUCACUGCGGCGCUUCCCUUGCAGGGCCGCGCGGGGCGCUGAGCUUACUGCUCCUGCUGCUGGCCCCGCCGAGCCGCCCGGCCGCAGGUUGCCCGGCGCCCUGUAGCUGCGCGGGGACGCUCGUGGACUGCGGGCGCCGCGGGCUGACUUGGGCCUCGCUGCCGACCGCCUUCCCUGUCGACACAACCGAGCUGGUGCUGACUGGCAACAACCUGACGGCGCUGCCGCCGGGGCUGCUGGACGCUCUGCCCGCGCUGCGCACCGCACACCUGGGCGCCAACCCCUGGCGCUGCGACUGCCGCCUUGUGCCGCUGCGCGCCUGGCUGGCCGGCCGCCCAGAGCGUGCGCCCUACCGCGACCUGCGUUGCGUGGCGCCCCCAGCGCUGCGCGGCCGCCUGCUGCCCUACCUGGCAGAGGACGAGCUGCGCGCCGCUUGCGCUCCCGGCCCGCUCUGCUGGGGGGCGCUGGCGGCGCAGCUUGCGCUGCUGGGCCUUGGGCUGCUGCACGCGUUGCUGCUGGUGCUGCUGCUGUGCCGCCUGCGGAGGCUGCGGGCCCGCGCCCGCACCCGCGCCGCAGCCCGGCUGUCGCUGACCGACCCGCUGGUGGCCGAGCGAGCCGGAACCGACGAGUCUUGAGGAGAGAACCGGCGCGUCCUGUGGAGAGAACCAGCGCUGGGCAACGCGGGCCUGCAAACUCGACAGGACCCUGCCCGAGGGGCCCUCGCGCCAACCUGGUCUCCGCCUCCUUUGCUGCCCCAUCUCCCAGACCCACCCCACCUGCAGGCCCAGACCACGUGGGACAGAACUCCUGCCCACCCUACCCCGAAGGAGGCGAACCCGCACCUCCAGGCUUGGGAGGACCAUGGGGCACAAUGCGGUCCAGACCCUGCUGCGUCUCCCUUCCAAACUCUGGUGCUGAAUAAACCCUUCUGAUCUGGCCUUCUCUGCA